AUGGCUCCUGCUACUCAACAACCAACUCCAUCUCCAUCUGAAAUAAUAACCACCCAUGCAUCAUCUGAAUCCAACAAUGACAAUAUUAUCAUCACCGGAAAGAUAUACACAAGAGUCCGUCUGGCUACAAAAUCUGAUUUGUCUCAUAUAUACCAAUUGUUUUACCAAAUCCAUGAAUACCAUAAUUACACUCAUUUAUACAAAGCUACAGAGUCCUCCUUAGAGGGCUUGCUUUUUAAAGAAAAUCCUCUUCCACUUUUCUACGGGCCAUCCGUACUUCUACUUGAAGUCUCUCCAACUCCUUUUAACGAACCCACAAACGAAGGGUUCAAGCCUGUCCUUACAACGUUUGACCUUAAAUUCCCUGUUGUGGAAGGACAAGUUGAGGAGUUCCGAUCAAAAUAUGAUGAUAAGAGUGAUGCUUACAUUGCAGGAUAUGCUUUCUUUUACGCUAAUUAUUCAUGUUUCAAUGACAAGCCUGGAUUUUAUUUUGAGAGUCUCUAUUUCAGAGAGAGUUAUAGAAAGUUGGGAAUGGGGAAAUUGUUGUUUGGAACAGUUUCGUCCAUUGCUGCCAACAAUGGGUUUGUAUCGGUAGAGGGAAUAAUCGCAGUUUGGAAUAAGAAGUCAUAUGAUUUUUACAUAAAUAUGGGAGUUGAAGUUUUUGACGAGUUUAGAUAUGGCAAAUUGCAUGGUGAAAAUCUUCAAAAGUAUGCUGAUAAGGGGAAAAUUGAGGAAGAGACAUGUUAGUAUAUAGUGUUAUUUUAUUCUUAUAAUAAUUGUGUAAUUUAUCAGUUUCUUCAUAUUUGCUUUUACUAAAAGCAGUUGUAUUAUCUUUGUAAUUGAAAUUUAUUAAAUUGAUUAUGUAUUAA